GCCCCACGAUUCAAGCCGGCCAGUCGAUCGUUCUGCGGUCGGUUCCAAAUACGAUCCAAUACAUAAUAUAGAAAAUAUCUCUAGUCAUUGACCCCAGGGCCAAAAGCAAAGCGAAGAACGACAAGACUGAAAAAAGGCCCGAAGACAUCUCAUUAUGCAAAUGCCGCUGGUUUUUAGUGUUUUGUGGCUGCUUCAGCUGUUUCUGUGGCCGGAAUCCGUGGCUGGGGCUAACUCCGCCAGAGGAGAGGAGCAGCUGGAGGCUCUGCUGGCCACCGAGACGCAGCUCAUCGAUGGCUUGCGUGACUAUAUCGAUCGAUUGGAGCUGCAGCUGGAGGAGCUCCGAAGGGAGACCGCGGACAUCGAGGAGAUCCACAGCCAAGUGGACAGUGUGGAGGAGUACAUGGGUAAUCCGCUAAAUGUCUUUGGCAUUCUCAAGAGGUUCGAGAGUGUGUGGCCCAGACUGGAGCAGCAGGCGAAUGCCACUCAGGAGCUGGGGUUCGCAGAAGGGUUCUCCGACAGGGACCUCACCCUGCCCAGCGACGAGGACUACGAGGAGUCCCUGAACCACCUGCUACAUCUGCAAUCCGUCUACGAAUUGGACUCGAACAGCCUCUCCUCGGGCGUGGUGAAUGGAUUCAAGUUGGGCUCCUCCAUGUCCUGGGGCGACUGCCUGGAAGUGGCUCGCAAGUCGCACUUUUCUGUGGCCAGAUUCUGGCUAGAAUCUGCUUUGGAGAAGCUGCCCUCCGCCGCCGAAAACUCCACGGAAUCGCAGAGGGAACGGGAAAGCGGACGUGUGCACAUCCUGGAGGCAGCUCUCAACAUUGAAUACCGCGCAGGGGAGCUGAACCGAGCCCUGGCAACUGCCGAGGAGCUCCUGCUGCUGCUACCAAUGAGCCAAAGCAUUCAAAAGGCCAAGAGAAAGAUUGAAAAAGCCCUGGCCAAGAAGGAGCUGCCCAAGGGAAAUGGGCAAAAGUCAAAGCCAAAGAAGCAAAAACCCAAGUCCACGGAGCAGCUGCUCAUUGAGGAGCUGUGUCGCGGAGUAACACAGCAAGCCUCAUCAGGAAGUCGCUACAACUACUGCCAGUUGGAUGGAAGUUUGCCCUGGUUGCUCCUCCAGCCGUCCAGGUUGGAGCCCAUGAGCUCUGAUCCACAUAUAGUUUUGCACCACGAUGUGCUGACGCCGAAGCAAUCCGGUGAGCUGCUGGAGCUUAUGGAUGAGCAGGAUGCAAAAGGAGUUAGCUAUCAGGCGCUGAAGCUAGCCAAACUGGCGCAAAAGAAGCUGGCGAGGAUUAGUGCUCACCUGGGACCUGAGACUGGGCACCUAGCUGCCUGGACAGGACGUCGCCAUGGCCACGAGCACAUCCCCAAAUUGGAGGAUAGCUCGGAGCUGCAGCAUGCGGCACGUGUCAUGUUGAACUUGCAGGCACCCGGAAUGGGCGGAGCCGUGGUCUUUCCGCAACUAGAGCUCGCCAUCAAUGUCCCACGUGGCUCGCUCCUCCACUGGCACACACGCUUCGCCGCGGGCUCGUCAUCCGAGUGGGACUACCGCAGUGGCCAGGCCAUCUGCCCCGUGCUCCUGGGCGUUCAGUUGUCCGCGUGGACAGGACUCAAUUGAAGUGGGCAGCGAGGCUGAUGGGUUUCCAUGGUUCCCGAUCCGUGCGACAUGUGCAUUAAUUGCCAGCUGGGGAAUCAAAUAAAGUUGACCUUGGC